CAGUUAGCUUAAUCGGGGGAACAGGUGUUUUUUUUAAAGAAGUGAUCCCGUUCCAAAUUGGUGGCUUGACAGUUCAGGGAGACAUGGAGCCAAAAUCUAGAAGUCCAGAAGGGGAACGUGUAAGGAAACCUUGCAGUGAUGAUUUUUCCAAAUGCACAGAGAUGGAGCACUUAGGCUGGAAGCUAUCUCAAGAAAUCAAACUGGAAUCUUUCCGUGGGAUGCAGCAACCCUGGAAAACCCAGUGGCAGGACUUCCUGAAGACCUUGCCAUGUCCCCACGUGGGGUGGGAGGAGGACUCUGAGAUGCUGGCCAGCGUUCCUUGGGAUGACCCCAAGGCCUUCCUGGCCUCCUUCGAGCAGGUGGCCCGUGCCUGCCAGUGGCCCAGGGGCGAGUGGGUGCCUCGUCUGCUGCCAGCCCUGAGCGGAGAAGCGAAGCGGGCUUUCAGCGGCUUAGAAGCAAAGGACAAGGAGGAUUAUGGGAAAGUGAAGGAGGCCAUCUUGAGAGGGGAAGCCAUACGGAUCGAAGUGCAGCGGCAGCACUUCCGGCAGUUCCGCUUCCAGGAGAUCGAAGACCCGCGUAGGGUUUACGGACAACUGCAGAGGCUUUGCCGCCAGUGGCUGAAGCCGGAGAGACACACCAAGGAGCAGAUCUUGGAGCUGCUGAUCCUGGAGCAGUUCCUGGCCAGCCUCCCACCGGAGCUCCAGAGCUGGAUCCGACCUGGAGGAUCGGACACGUAUUCCCAGGCGGCGGCUCUGAUAGAGAAUUUCCUGCUGAACCGGCAGGAGGUUAAGGAGCCGUCGCAGGAGGUGAUCGCCAAGACCGCCCUGGCCGAAGAGCGGAUUACUUUGGAUGUUGACCAGGAAGCGAUCUAUAAAGACAUUAAGCAGGACAAUCACGGAGGGAUCCAUUUGUCGGGUAAUGGAAGCAAAGACUGUGGAGAUUCCAGCUCCUUGCUUCUUCCUGAGGGAGAGGAAACAGAUCAAGAUUCUCCUAAGGGACUCCUGGUGCCCAAACCAGACCUGGCUUCCAAUCCAGAAGAAGAAGAUGAUGAGCAGGUUUUCAUCCAGUUUCCUGUCGAAAGUGAGAGAAUUCCAGAUCCCGGAACAGGUGACGAGAAGAGGCCUUGGAUGCAACUGAAGAGCUCCCAGAUGGAAGGAGAGACAGAGACGCUGACCGAAUUCUCACAGUGGAACAUUCCUACGACGACAACCAUUCACGAACAAAGUUGCAAGCCCAGCACGGACCCGGGGAAGGUGCCGUUAGACGCAGAGCCCAGAGAUACUCUAGAAAACUUCAUCUGCAACGAAACCUCUGAGCUGCAGUCUAUGGCAGAAGAACCGUUGGUUUCAGACUAUUGUAGGAAAUACCACUACAGGCCGGGGUUUGUGAUGACCUACCCCGGGGAGGACCCCACCGAAUGUGCAACAUGGGUGGAAAAUGGCCAACCAAAGCCGUGUCCGAGAAUUCAACCGGGGGAAAAGCCUUUCGGAUGUCCCAGAUGUGGGAAAUGCUUCCAGCAGAAAGAACAUUUAAUGCACCAUCGGCAGCUGCACGGGGCCGAGAUCCCUCACGGGUACCCCGAUAUUGGCAAAAUAUUCCAACAAAGAGAUGAUUUGCUGAGAGGAUUCCGGGCAGGGAAGAGACUUUAUGAAUGUCCCGAGUGCGGGAAAAACUUCCCUACCCGGGAAACGUUGAUAAGGCACGUGAGAAUCCACACGGGAGAGAGACCGUUCGAAUGCCCUCAGUGUGGCCAGUUCUUCCGACAGCGGGCUCAUUUGAUACGCCAUCAGCGGAUCCACACGGGAGAAAGGCCCUACGCGUGUCCUGAGUGCGGGAGAAGCUUCUCUCGGCGCGACAGCUUGAUCGACCAUCAAAGGAAGCACAUCCACGAGAAACCUUACCAGUGUCCGGAGUGCGGGAAAAGCUUUUGCCACAAAGGGGCUCUGCUGAAGCACCAGCGCGUCCACGUGACGACGAUUGUCGUCUGAGAACCGCUGCACCCUUGUAAACAAAAACUCAAUUGCAACGGCUUUGUGUUUGUGCUUUGUUCCGAUUAAACAAAUGUUACCUAGACAACACGAGUCUCUGAGGCUUUGUC